AUGGAAGGCAUUAUUCAGCCUUACAACGACGCACUGGUAAUAACUGUCCUUGUCAAUAAAUUUAGAAUCAAACGUGUGCUAAUUGAUCCAGGUAGCUCAGUUAAUAUCAUCCGAUGGAGAGUUAUCAAGCAGCUGGGACUACUAGAUCAGGUCGUACCAGCAAUACGAGUCCUCAACGGGUUCAACAUGGCAUGCGAGACGAUGAAGGGUGAGAUCACCUUACCGAUCAACACGACAGGAACUACGCAGCAGACCAAACUUUAUGUGAUAGAGGGAGACAUGGGAUACAAUGCAUUGUUGGGAAGACCGUGGAUUCACCUCAUCAAAGAGGUCCCCUCAACUAUGCAUCAGGCGUUGAAAUUCCCGACCCCAUAG